CGGGCCCUGUGAUCGACAUGCCAGUGCCCGCCAGCUUCAAUGACAUCACUCAAGACCCCAGCCUGGAGAACUACAUCGGCUGGGUUUGGUACGAGAAGGAGGUGCUGCUGCCUCUGCGCUGGCUUCGGGAUGACCUCAACACCAGGGUGGUGCUCCGCUUCGGCAGCGCCCACUACUACUCCAUUGUGUGGGUCAACGGAGUCCAAGUCGUGGAGCACGAAGGGGGCCACCUCCCUUUUGAGGCCGAUAUAAGCAGCGUCGUCCAGGGCAGCCCAGGGAUUCCCUGCCGCAUCACUGUUGCACUCAACAACACCCUGACACCCCAUACUCUGCCGCCGGGGUCCAUUCAGUACAUGGAUGACAAAACCAGGUAUCCCAAGAACUAUUUUGUACAGAACAUCAGGUUUGAUUUCUUUAAUUAUGCUGGAAUCCAUCGCCCGGUUGUGCUUUACACCACUCCAUCUGUCUACAUAGAUGAUAUUACCGUGACAACUACUGCAUCAGAGAGUGCUGCAAUGGUGCACUAUCAGGUGUCGGUUGUCGGCAGCACACUCUACUCCUUGUCCCUCAGUUUACGUGACCAAGAAGGGAAGGUGGUUGCUACAGGCGAUGGGCCAGCUGGAGAGCUAAAAGUCCUGAACCCACAUCUUUGGUGGCCUUACCUGAUGCAUGAGAACCCUGGAUACCGCUACUUCUUAGAGGUGAAAAUGCAGGCGGAGGCAAGCGGGGCAUUGCUGGAGGACGUGUACACGCUCCCGGUUGGCAUCCGCACCGUCCACGUCACCAGCACGCAGUUCCUCAUCAACGGCAGGCCCUUCUACUUCCAUGGUGUCAACAAGCACGAAGAUGCAGACAUCCGUGGCAAAGGCCUGGACUGGCCUCUGGUCGUGAAGGACUUCAACCUGCUGCGCUGGCUGGGAAAUUUCCGCACCAGCCACUACCCCUACGCUGAAGAGAUCAUGGACCUGUGCGAUGCCUAUGGCAUCGUGGUGAUCGACGAGUGCCCGGGAGUGGGGAUUAAAAUGCCAGAGAGCUUUGGGAACAAGUCCUUGCAGCAUCAUCUGGUGGUGAUGGAGGAGCUGAUCCGCAGGGAUAAGAACAGGCCGUCAGUCGUGAUGUGGUCAGUAGCCAACGAGCCGGCAUCGGAGCUGCCCCCAGCAGCUUACUACUUUAAGACAGUGAUAGCUCACACGAAAGCUCUCGAUCCCUCCAGACCAGUAACCUUUGUGACAGAUGUUAGUUACGCACUUGACCGUGGUGCUCCUUACGUAGAUGUGAUUUGCGUCAACAGUUACUUCUCCUGGUAUCACGACCCGGGCCACCUGGAAGUUAUUCCACUACAACUCACCACGCAGUUUGAGAACUGGUAUAAAACCUACCAAAAACCCAUUAUCCAGAGUGAAUACGGAGCAGACUCAGUUCCUGGACUCCACAGU